ACAUAGUAAUAAUAACAAGUCAAAUUUAAAUCUAUAGUGGUCACUCAAGUGUUUUUUUUUUUUUUCAGGAGCUAAAUAAAGAAAACAAAAGGUUUGUCCGAACUUAGCCUGAAUGCAUCACUUCCUCGCAAAGCUUCCAUCUUUAUUUACCUGGUAGGAGCUCCACCAAGCGGACACAAUUGGAGUUGCAGGGAGCUGGAUUGUUUUUCUUCAGUGUCAGUGCGACGUGACUGCGUUAUGAGCGGCAGUGAAACUGUGGUUAUUACAGGGUUUGGACCGUUCAGACAGUUCUGGGUGAACCCGAGCUGGAGAGCAGCCCAGGACCUGAAGUUGUGUGGAUUGGGUGAGAGGAUUGAAGUUCACAUCAAGGAGAUACCAGUGAGUUAUGUUCAAUCUCAGCAUGUCAUCGCUGAGAUUUGGCAAACUCUCAACCCAAAGUUUGUAGUACACCUGGGUGUAGCCAGAGGUUGCCGCGUGGUCAUUCUGGAGCAAACAGCAAAGAACAGCGGAUACAGAGACAGAGAUGUGUGCGGGUUCUGUCCUGAAAGUCACUGCUGCGUGAAUGAAGGACCAGAGACGCUCUGCUCCGUCGUUAACAUGCUUCCUGUGUCCAAACUCUUCCGAAAGUCAGGGAUGGACGUUCUGUGUUCACGAGACGCCGGCCGGUUCCUGUGUGAAUUCACAUAUUACUGCUCACUGUAUCAUGGACAGGGACGAGCAGCUCUCAUCCACAUACCAACACAUGGACGCCUGGCCUCAGCAGACAGACUGCUGCCUCUGCUCAAGAGCAUCAUUCAAACCAUGCUCAGUCAAAUGGAUGAUGACGGUCGGGCCGAGGUUGUGUAUUCUCCCUAUGAACACACACCACAGUCCAAAAACAUGCAGAGAUUUCCACGAGGAGAAAUGAGGGUUUUUGAGGUUGUGACAGUAUGUGUGGAGUCAGUGGAGAUGGAACAUCUGAUGCUGAUGCCGUGACCUCUCGUCUACUGUCAAGUACACAGUCUUUUACUUGGUUUGCUCAGAGGUAAAGAAAACAGUGUUUUCCCACUUUUUAGCCAUCGCAGAUUUCAUGGCCCAAAUCACAAUAACAAUCAUAAAAAUGUGUGCAUAAUAUAGUGACUCGUUUCCAUCUGUAGCACCUUAUAUUCAUUAAGUUAAUUCACACACAGAAAUCCCACCUAGAUUUGGAUAAUUUUGCUAAUUUGUUUGAGGGACCCAAAAAAAUCUCCUGCAAACCAUCUGUGGGUCCCAACCCAGACUUUGAGAACCACUGGGCAAAAGAAAGGUGGUUUGAACUGACAGCACCUGGAGUCCAUCUCCUAUCCUAGUUUACUUUGUGAGGUUUAUCUCGAUCCCUGUGUGGGUUUCAUGCAGGCCACGAGGUUUCCUGUUCACUAGUGACACAGAGUGAGAUGGACUUGUUUCGCCACACACACACACACACACACACAUACAGAAAAAAAGAGUGAGGUAGAUAUAUACUCAAAGGAGAAAAAGAUUGUUUUAAAGUCCCCCAGUCAUGACACAAAAGAAAAUACAUACGUACAAACAAAAAAGAAUCCAACUUUAUACUGAAUCAUGGGGCAUUUAUACAGUGAUUUAAACUGAUUUUACAAAAGGAAAAGAAAAAAAUAAAUAAAUAACACACACACAAAAAAAGAGGGGGCGGGGAGAUGAACAGGCAACAUUUUCAAAAGUGAGGAGGAAAAUCCUUCAAAACACUUUUACUAUUCAGUCUCCAUUUUAAGAAUUCCACCUCUUUUUUGACAUUGAAACGCAUCAUUCCCUUCCCUGGACUUUAACCCACUCAUUAUUUGGCUUUUGAGAAGAAGCAGUGAUUGUGAAGACAAACAAAACUUUGAAGACGUACAGUAACCCUAACAACAAGUGGCCUCGCACUGCGGCAGUAAAAAAGGGGGGAAUAGACUUUGUUUCCUUUCUUUUUCUUGACGUAGUUGAAAUAUGAUGGUUGGCAUAAUUAAGGCAAACAGACGACCCAAUUAGCCCUAUUUAUCUGAGAGGAGGCAGAACAUGGAGGGCUUUGAAUGACAGGUGUGGUUAAAAGUAAGCAUGAAAACAAAAAGGGGGGGCGGGGCGAGGGGUGGGUACAAACCGGCAUAAGGGCUGGUCAGUGGGUUCAAGGGUCACAAGAUGACGAUGAUGAGAAUGUGUGGAGAAAGCAAAGCCUUGACCUGAGAUUGAGUCGCACCUAGAGGGCAAUGCUAGGCGCAGCGCUAGGCGACAAGUACAAACAAGUGUGCAGAAAGUACACGCUCACACAUCGAGCUAAGGUGUCCAUUCCAAAUAAUAAUAAUAUUAAUGAUAAUAAUAAUAAUAAUAUUAAUGAUAAUAAUAAUAAUAAUAUAGACAUCCACAAAACAAAUACUAUAGAAACAUCUCAUAAAAAUAAAAUGCAAUGAACAUAAUGUAGUGUUACAGAAAAACCUUUUUGGGGUAACAGGAAGAUUUUAUUUUAUAUCUAAAUCUUUUUUUUUUUGUAGUUUUACUUUAAUUUUCUAAACAGUUUUUUUUUUUUUAAAGAUAUAAGAAAUGAACUGUAGUGGAGACCAUAGAAUACCAAACCUGAAGGAUUUCUUUAUAUAGAACAUCCAAGAGGGGAGAAAACAAAAGAAUAAAAUAGCAGCUUUGUUCUGUACAGACAUAUAGAGGCAAACAUUUUGAACCAUAAAAACCUUUUUGUUUUUUAAAAGUGACAAAACCAAUGAUGUGUAUAAAAUGAUCCUGCAGUCAAAAAUACAACUGUAAGACCUGUAUAUGUGUUUGAAAUGUAGAGAAACUACUCUAAAAAGAGACCUGCUGUCGAUUAAAAGUUGUCUCUGAAAUCUU